AUGACGCCGCCGAGCCAGCUGGGGGCCGGGUGUGCCAGCCUCGUGGCCAUAGGCGCCCUGACGGCCCUCACCGUCGCCUUCACGGCCUACAAUGUGCGCCUGGGCUCCCGGAAGGUGUUCUUCGGGCCAGACACGGAGUACCACGGCGAGGUCGGCGAGCGAGACAUGGACAAGUGCACCAACUGGCUGAUCUGA